AAGAGGAGGAGGUAGAAACUUUCAGAAUGAAAAAGGAGGAAGAGGAGGAUGUUACAGUGAAAAAAGAGGAAGAACCUUUUAGCGUGAAGGAGGAAGAAGACGUUAUGGGAGUGAAAGAGGAGGAGGAGGAGACCGAAGAUCUGAUUAACACCAAAGAGAGACCAGACUCUCACGCUGACAGCGGGAAGAGUCCUUUAGGGGAAGCAGCCCCAACGACGUCCAAACCAGCAAGAACACACCAAUGCUCCCAGUAUGGAAAUGGAUUUGGACAGUCAGGGAAUCUAAAAGUGAAUGAAAGAACACACACUGGAGAGAAGCCAUAUCAAUGCUCCUGGUGUGAAAAUAAAUAUUUAUCAUUAGGGGACCUGAACUCACAUGAGGGAACACACUCUGCAGAGAGGCAUUUCCAAUGCUCCCAGUGUGGAAAGAGAUUUAUCCAGUUAUCGCAUCUGAAAGAGCAUGAGAGAAUACACACAGGAGAGAAGCCUUUCCAAUGCUCUCAGUGUGGAAAGGGUUUUAGACACUCAGGGCAUGUAAAAGUGCAUGAAAGAACACACACAGGAGAGAAGCCUUUCAACUGCUCCCAGUGUGGAAAGGGUUUUAGGUACUCAGGGUAUCUAAAAGUGCAUGAAAGAACACACACAGGGGAGAAGCCUUAUCAAUGCUCCCAGUGUGAAAAUACAUUUUUCUCAUCAUGGGACCUGAAAUCUCAUGAGAGAACACACUUAGUAGAGAGACCUUUCCAAUGUUCCCAGUGUGGAAAGAGAUUUAUUCAGUCAUCACAUCUGAAAGAGCAUAAGAGAAUACACACAGGAGAACAACCAUUCCAAUGUUCCCAGUGUGGAAAGACAUUUACCCAGUUAGGGAACUUGAAAACACAUGAGAGAACACACUUAGUAGAGAGGCCUUUCCAAUGCUCCCAAUGUGGAAAGAGUUUUACCCAGAAAGCAAGCCUGAAAAGGCAUGCAGGAACACACACAGGAUAGAAGCCUUUCCAAUGUUCUCAGUGUGGAAAUACAUUUUCCCAGUCAGAGGACCUGAAAUCACAUGAGAGAAUAGAGAGGCGCUGUGUUCUGACUUGUGUUUU